GGCCCUGACUUCUGGGACACGGCGUGGAGGCAUCUGGCAGAGCUGGUGGAGCGGGGCAGCCUGCCCUGCUGCAGCUCCCCCAGGGCCCGAAGCGUGGAGCGGCAAAGAGCCUCAGCAUCGCAGUCAGGUGCUAAGAGACAGACGGGUGGGCCAUCGAGCUCCAGCUGCAGCCGUUGCAGCAUAGCUGAUGAGAAGAUGCAGUAUCUGGUGCUAUCAGCACUGCCUGAUGACGUGCCCUCUCUGGGCCCUGACUUCUGGGACAUGGCGUGGAGGGAUCUGGCAGAGCUGGUGGAGCGGGGCAGUCUGCCCUGUUGCAGCUCCUUCAGUUUCUGGAGAUCUAUCAGAAGAAUGAAGGACUUAAUGUCCCUUAAUGUGCAUCAGGGAGCCUUGACAGAGCAGGUCCCUGUCUGUGCCCCUGGACGUACGCACACUGGCAAGGCCCACACAAAUUCCAGAACAGAGCCCAGCUGGUUGCGCUCUUUUCUGCUGCGUUGUCUGGGCUUUUCCUGGCAGGAAACGAAACCUGCCCAGACGAAGAAUCAAGGUGGCAAGGCAGCCAGCAGAACAGUAGGAGAUCCCACUGAGGACCGCUUUACCAGCUGGCCACCACCAGCAGAGGAAUGCAUUUUACGCGAGAACAUCCUUCUUCCAGACGGACGGCUGCCUCAGAGACCGGAUAAUCUGGUGCCCCCUCCAGAGCGGGCAGUGAAUCCACCAGCACUGCGUAGCAGCUUCCGCAACUCUGCAGGAGUGGCAACAAGAAGACCAGCUUCAACCCGCAGAGAUGUUGGUGUUGAGACUUCUGACAGAGAAGAGAACUCACAGUGUUGUGAGUAUUGUGCACAACGCAGAACUGAGAUGGGCAGUGGCAAGGAAAGGGGAAGAGCUGAUGAGUUGCAUGCUGGAACCAGCUCCUACACAGUGCCACCGCACCUGGGGACAGUCACACGUGAGAACAUCAUGUCAAUAGAUGCAGCUGUACGUUGGUGGGAGCAGAAGACACAGGUGGCUGUUGGACUCUCCAUGCAUCCACAAGAAGUUCCCAAAAAGCACAGGACAGUAAGACCACCACCAAUGGUGGCAGCACCUUCUCGCCUGGCUGCGCAAGAUGACUGCAGAAGUGCAGCCAGCCAGCGUCUGAACUCUGCCCUUGGGGGCAGGAGAGCCAGAGAGCAGCCCCCACAGAUUUGCAGCUGUAUGCACCCACCUGGGGAAGAGAGACUUCAUCAACCAAACCAGGUGCAAUGUUGGUGCGACAACAAUAAGGCCCAGAGGUCUUCUGAAAUGUCUGUGCCCAGCCAAAUGUUUUGGGAGGGCAGUGUAACAGUGAGAGCAAGAAGAAAUUCAGAGGAGGCAGUCUGGCACAGCAUGAUAAAGGUACGGCACCGGCAUGUGCAGUAGCCCCCCAGACACACCUGGAAA